AAGCAUGAGCAAACCGGUGAGCAGCAGCUUUUGACUGGUAUAUGCUAAGCUCUGAUGAGUGAAAAUCUUCUCCUGGCAUUAGCGUUGUACUGAGAUUGUAUCUCUCAGAAGAUCGACAUGCUCAAAGAAUGGCUUUUGCAGCGAAAAGAAUCAGCAUGAUCUCAGAGAUGCUGAGUGGCAAUGUUGCAUGUGGAUCAAAUGUGGGACAGUCAAACUAUAGUGUUGAAGCACUAUAAGAAGGCGGUGAGCAUGACUGACAGCAUAUUGGAAUCAUCCUUGCUUAACUCGUCAGUUGUUUAAUUGCAAAAGCAGAAAGACAAGCUUGGUCUUGUGUUCAUCUCACUAGUAGGAUUCAACUAUGUACGCUGUAUGCUCAAGCGGAGUGUUGAAGAUAUAUUGCAAACCUGGCUUUCAGCUGCUGCACCUGAUGCAAUGCCAAGAGCUGCCCCUGCUGGCAGACCUGCUGCAAAUGCUGGGAAGCGCCAGUCCCAAUCAGUUCCUAGAGCUGAUCGUGCUAAUCCAGGUGAGCAAUGCUCAUUUCAACCAGCGACGCUCCAACAUCGCCACCGGGUUUCGGGAGAAGCUCUACGAGCUGGUCGGGCAUUCACGCCUCUCGAGCACGGCUCACCGGGCCGACGUCCCGGCUAGAGUGGCAGCACUUGCCGAGCUUGCGGCGAGCAAAACGUGGCUGCGUGGCGGAUGAAACUCCGACUCCGUGACCAACGACUACAAAGCGACGUCAUCUACAAGGCCGCUGCUGUUGCAUUAGGCGACAAAAACGCUUCACUCGCUGAGCCGCUCGGUGUCCGGACCGACAUGUCGGCGUUCAUCACCCAUGUGGGCGACCAGGGCCUCUUGGACAAGACGCUCAGCAGUACGCACGUCCAUCAGGACCGCAACAAGAUCGAAGACCUGGCCCGGCACAUCUGGCAGCUGCAUCUGGACGGCCACCUGCCGAACGACAAGUUCGAGGUCGUGCCCCACCGGAAACCCCCCCCGGCAGCCGACGAGAAUCUGAUUCACACCUUCCGCCUCCAAGGGCCGGACGAGGACGUGUACCGUAAGAUAGCGAAGGACUACGGGUCCUUCUUGAGACACCUAAAGUUCGUGGUCUGAGCCGGGGAGACGCCCGACAUCCGAGCGAAGGAGUGGAACGACAUCUUGACAAGGUCGUCCGGUGUUUACUGCUGCACGAGGCCUGAUUUGCGAUGAGGUCAAUGGUGAGAGUUGGAACCGAGAGUAGGCUAACCGAUCAAGCACAAGGUUUUGUCAACAGCUCGUUGACAGACACCGAACCACCGCUUCUAAGCUAAUAGGACAUGUGCUACUAGUACCGUACUGUGCUGCGCAAAGGUGAACCGACUGACUGCCGUUGAUUCCUUUCUUGUGACAUUGACCAGAAAACGGUGUUCAGGUUGAACAUAGGAGCCAAGGAAAUCAAUACUCGAGUGGAUUGGCAACGAGCAUCGAAUUAGCCACUGAAUGGAUGCCACGCGCAUACCGGCGAGCCUGCAAAUAAGCGCCG